AUGUUUCUUGUGCCUCGUGUUUUCAGCCGGUUCGCCCGGCCAGCGACCAGAGGAUUUGCUAGCUCAGCGAUGCGCUCUUACGCCGCUGCUUUUGACCGUUCUAAACCACAUUUGAAUAUCGGUACCAUUGGCCACGUCGAUCACGGUAAGACCACUUUGACUGCUGCAAUCACCAAGACUUUGGCUUUGAAAGGUGGUGCGGAUUUCUUGGACUACGCUGCCAUUGACAAGGCCCCCGAAGAGAGAGCCCGUGGUAUCACCAUCUCCACCGCUCAUGUUGAAUAUCAAACCGAGAAAAGACAUUACUCUCACGUCGACUGUCCAGGUCACGCAGACUACAUUAAGAAUAUGAUCACCGGUGCCGCCCAAAUGGACGGUGCCAUUAUUGUAGUCGCUGCUACUGAUGGUCAAAUGCCUCAGACCAGAGAGCAUUUGCUUUUGGCAAGACAGGUUGGUGUUCAAGACAUUGUUGUCUUUGUCAACAAGGUCGACACCGUUGACGACGAGGAAAUGUUGGAAUUGGUUGAAAUGGAAAUGAGAGAAUUGUUGACCCAAUACGGAUUCGACGGUGACAACACCCCAGUUAUCAUGGGCUCUGCUCUAUGCGCUUUGGAAGGUAAGAGACCAGAGAUCGGUGAAGAAGCUAUCAUGAAGCUUCUAGACGCGGUUGAUGAACACAUUCCUACCCCACAAAGAGACCUUGAAAAGCCAUUUUUGAUGCCAGUGGAAGAUAUUUUCUCUAUCUCCGGUAGAGGUACUGUUGUUACCGGUAGAGUUGAAAGAGGUAACUUCAAGAAAGGUGAGGAAGUCGAAAUUGUUGGACAUAACACUACCCCAUUCAAGACCACUGUCACCGGUAUCGAAAUGUUCAGAAAGGAAUUGGACAAGGCCAUGGCUGGUGACAACGCCGGUAUUUUGUUGCGUGGUGUUAGAAGAGACCAAUUGAAAAGAGGUAUGGUUUUGGCUAAGCCUGGCACUGUCAAGGCACACACCAAGUUUUUGGCAUCGUUAUACAUUUUGUCCAAGGAAGAAGGUGGCAGACACUCUGGUUUCGGCGAAAACUACAGACCUCAAAUUUACGUGCGUACCGCUGAUGUAACCGUGGUGCUCAAGUUCCCAGAGUCCGUUGAGGACCACUCCAUGCAAGUCAUGCCUGGUGACAACGUCGAAAUGGAGUGUGAAUUGGUUCACCCAACUCCACUCGAAGCUGGUCAACGUUUUAACAUCAGAGAAGGUGGUAAGACGGUUGGUACCGGUCUAGUGACUCGUAUCUUAGAGUAG